GAAGUCCGAAUAAAUGUGAAGAGCAGCUCAGCGACUACCGGAGAUUACCGGUCGUAGACGUGGAGCUCAGCCAAGUUGACCGAACCGUUCAGCGCCGUACACGAAUCCGCGCUCGGUGCUGUCGCCAGCUCAUUGGCUAUUCAACCGAAACGAAACACCUGAAAUGGUUUUACCAUGGGACUCAAAUAGGCGCACUAACUUUAGGUGGUGCGUUUCUACUGUAACCCUGUAUGUGUAUACUUUGUUGCCUGAAAAUAAAUAUUGUAUCUAUAUACUUAUAAAUAUCUUCCUCCUUCCUUCCUUUCCUUAUGGCUGCUUCCUCAUCUAUUUAUCUUCUGAUACCUGUUAUAUCAUUGGUAAUAGAUAUUUACCGACUGUUCUGUCUUUAUACUUGCUGUGGGAACGUCUGAGAUAAAUUUGAAUGCCAAGAAGACUUUGGGGUUGUAUGUACAUGCGAAGAAAUUGCAAAGCGCGAUUGAAAGCAAAAUAAAACGAAGAGAGAGCAAAGAACGUGAGGAAUAUAACGCGCUUAGUCAUCUAAAUUCCUUUGAUUGCUAUAUUUUUCAAACUUUUUUAUAAAAUUUGAUAGGAUGACCAAUACUGGAAAUAUAACGACUAAUGGAGAGACUGAAAAAGACGCUCGAAAGUCGGCAGAGGAAAUGGAUGAGCAGCGUCACAAGACGCUUGCUUACGAAUAUUUAUGUCAUCUUGAGGAAGCCAAGAAGUGGCUAGAAGCAUGUCUCAUGGAGAAACUUCCUCCUACAACUGAACUGGAGGAGAACUUACGGAAUGGAGUGUAUUUGGCUAAGCUUGCCCAUUUUAUGACACCUGAAGAGCUGCCGUUGAAUAAGAUUUAUGAUAAAGACCAAAAACGAUAUGCUAUUGCUGGCUUGCAGUUUCGUCACACUGAUAACAUAAACCAUUUUUUAAGAUGUUUAAAAACUAUGCAGUUACCUCUUACAUUUCAGCCAGAGACAACAGAUAUUUAUGACAAAAAAAAUAUGCCACGAGUAAUAUAUUGUAUUCAUGCCCUCAGUACACAUUUGUUUAAAUUUGGAAGGGCUCCACAGAUUCAAGAUCUUUAUGGCAAAGUCAAUUUUACAGAUGAAGAAAUUAAUGCUGUUAGUAAAGAAUUAAAAAAGUAUGGUAUAAAGAUGCCAGCAUUCCAAAAGAUUGGUGGUCUUUUGACCAACAAUAUGGCAGGUGAUGCAGCAGCCUUGCAUGCUGCAGUUAUUGCCAUUAACAAAUGCAUAUCAGAUAUGGAUCAAGAGGCACUUUUGGGAACAUUAAAAAAUUCUGCAGCUCAAGUUAAUGAUGUUAAUCCCAGCUAUGUAAUUGAUUAUUAUCAAACAUUGUUAAAUGCAAAGGAUACUAAAAUGCAAGGUGCACUCAAUAGGUCACUGAACGACAGCUAUGUACCAGAUGCAUAUGAUGAACUUUUGACACAAGCAGAAAUUCAGGGCCACAUAAAUAACGUUAAUGUUCGGCGGGCAUGGGAGAACGUUAUUAGAUCUAUUGAACUUGACUCUGAAAGCUUAAUUAUGUCAUUGAAAGUGUCCACACUAAAAUUAAAGAACGUGAGGCACGAUAACGCAGAAUUAUACAAGGCGGAGCUCAUGCAAAUGGAUAACCAUUUUGAUAUGGAAGACGAAUCCACCACGAAUAGUCAACAUAGGAGAAACUUAUUGCAAAAAGCGAUUGAUAUUGUAAACGGCAUUGCCGAUAUAUCCAAUAGACGUCAAGAAGCAGUUCAGCUUGUUAAUUUGAAAUUGCAAGAUAGCAGCAAACAAGAAUUUCAUAAAGCGUUGAAAAAUCCAAAUUUGGGCCUGGGUGAUUAUGUUGACGAAUUUGCGAUUCCACUGUAUUUUGAGGAAAUGAAAGUUGACCGCGCGGAAUCUAAGAACGACUUAUCUUAUAGCGACAUAAUAGUUAGCAUACGGGUUUUAUCUUCUAUCGCAGCUAUUAGCAAAACUGUGGACACUGGAAAUCCCAUUCUUGUUUAUCAAUCAUUGAUCAAUCCUGAAGCUCAUAUUACGAAUCUCGACGAGGAAAAUAAAGUCAAAUAUUGCAGAGCUUUAGCAGCCUGUCGCCUCAAAAAACAAACCAAUGCAGAAGAAUGUCCCUUACUGACGUAUAUCGAUAUUCAGGAAUGCAUAGAUCACAUUAACCAGCAAUGUCAUAAUGACGGCGAAACGAUACAAGUGUUGCGGAAAUUAAAUCGUGCUGUAGUAGAAAACAAUCAAUUAGGUUUAGUAGAAGCGUUGAAGGACGUUUCCCUUAAAUUGGAAAAGCCUACCACACCGGAAGAUGCUUCCUUGUAUUUGAAACUUUUUAAAAAGUGUCUUGCAGAGAAUCAUAUUGAUGGAUCAGAAUUAUGGUUGGAAGAUGUUGAAAACGUAGCACAAAUAGUUAUGAGAGAAGUCGAGGAAGUGGAAGCAGCAUCCUUUUUAUUUAGUCAAUUGAAUGUGGCUAUAAAAAAAAAUGAUGCAUUAUUUUCUGCCGAUUGUCUUCGAGCAUUGGGAUAUAAAAUAUCUAAUGCACAUAGAGGAAGUUGCAUCGACGCUUUGAUAAAAUUACAACGUCGUAAGAAUACAGAUCAUCAGUGUCCAUACUUUCGUUACGUGACUUCUGGUGGUAACGAAUCUUUUAUUGACUUAGAAAAACUCAACUACACUUGGGAUCAUCCGAAAAAACUUACAGAAUCCUAUUUCAUAAGCAAAGAAGAUAUUGACCAUGUGAUAAAACGUAUAACUACUGAGGAAGUUAAUGCACGUUCUCAAAAAAUUGAUGAGAGUAAAAUCAUUAAGUUGCAAGCUUUAGUUCGAGGAUAUUUGCUGCGUAAAAAGAUUUCUGAUAAAUUUUCGUACUACCAUGAGAACGUUGACAAAAUUAUACAAAUCCAAGCAUGGUGGAGAGGCAGAAUUCAACGUAAUCACUAUAAAAAGUUUCUGGACGAACGCAGAAAGCAAAAAGAACAUUUUAAUAAAAAUUAUGGGGCUAUUAGGACGCAAUACGAAGAUAUUCUUGAUCGUUAUAAAGGACAAGAAAAGAAAAUUGUGAAGAUACAAGCACUAUGGCGUGGACGUGCAGCCAGAAGACGUUUCCAUUCGCUCUUACGAUUAGAAAAACCACCUUUUCCUGUGAUUAGACACUUUUCAGGCAUUCUAAGCCUCAAUGCCGAUGACUAUGAUAAGGAUUUACAGUUACAGCAUCUUAGAAGCGAAGUGGUCCAGACCAUAAGACAUAAUACGAAUCUAUCUCAGCUGUUAGACAGUAUGGAUAUCAAGAUUGGUCUUCUUAUACAAAAUAGAAUAACUUUGCAGGACAUAGUAGCGCAUGGUAGAAACUUAGAGUCUUUAGCCGAAGACAAGAGUGCUAAAGGUUUAAAAUCAUUAACUAAGGAAGGACAUAAAAUGCUGCAAGGGUAUCAGCAUCUGUUCUAUGCACUACAAACUAAUCCAACGUAUUUAUCAAAGCUCUUGUUUCUUCUGCCCGAAAGUAAGACGAAUAAGUUUCUUCAAAAUGUGAUCCUAACUUUAUUCAAUUUUGGAUCAAAUAUAAGGGAAGAAUAUCUGUUGCUAAAACUCUUCAGAAGUGCACUUCAAGAGGAGAUUAGAUGCAAGUUUCAAAAACCAUCAGAAGUCGUAACAGGAAAUCCUGUUGUUUUAAAAAUGGUAGUGAAUUACGCAAGACAAGUCAAUGGACAAAGAGCUCUGCGACAGAUAGUUGGACCAAUAAUAGAAAAGAUACUCGCAGACAAAACUAUCAACAUAGAAACUGAUCCGGUCAACAUUUAUAAAUGCUGGAGAAAUCAAUUAGAAAUGGAGACUGGAGAAAUCCUGGAUCUUCCAUAUUCAGUAAAUCCACAGCAAGCACUGAACUACGAACAAGUACGUAAAAGACUAAACAAUGGUAUACAAUUGCUUAAAACAACGGUUGUCGAAUUCUUAUCAAGAAUAACUGAAUCAAGAGACUUAAUACCAUACGGCAUGUUAUACAUGGCUAAAGUAUUGAAUUGUACAUUGGCGGAAAAGUUUCCAAACGCGCCAGAAAAGGAUAUAUUGAAAGUCGUUGGAGAUCAAAUUUACUAUCAUUUUAUCAAUCCAGCCAUUGUGGCGCCAGACGCAUUUGAUAUAAUCAAAUUACCAAUUGACCGAUCGCUGUCUAAUGACCAAAGACGAAAUUUAGCCAGCAUCGCCAAAAUAUUACAAUUCGCAACAUCAAAAAAAGGAUUCGGUGAAGAAGCUAUGCAUCUCGUUUGCUUGAAUCCAUUCAUAAUCGAGUGUCAUGAAAAGUUUAAAAAGUUUUUCCGUUACUGUUGCCAAGUCGAAGAACUGGAUGAUCAUUUCCGCAUACACGAAUACACAGAAGCUACAUUAAUUCAUAAGCCAGAGAUAUACAUCUCAUUGCAGGAAAUCUGUGAUACGCAUAGUCUUGUACUCGAGUACCAAUAUCAAAUAGCGCCUGAUCCUUUGGAUACUUUGCAUGAACUGUUAGAUGAUUUAGGAACAACACCGAGUGUUGCUUCUUUAUUGGGCAUCACGGAUCCAAUAUGCGAAUCGAAUAAAGCUCGAAUGGGAAAAACUGAAGUUUGCCUUGUACUGAUGAACAAAUUCGAAGUGCCUGAGAACGAUGACACAAAUUUGAAAAAACUUUUUAUAAAGACAAAAGAGCUAUUGGUCUCGAUAUUACAACUACUCAAAGGUGAGACAUUGGUUGAUGCUCUAGAGUCAUCAUGUUCACCGAUUCAAGAAAGACUUUAUAGUAACAAAUAUUCAUCGGACACAAGAAGUUUCAAUAUAAUAAAAAAAAGUCCAUCAUUUAAUGACUGCAAGCUCCAGCUUCGAGCUUAUCUGAAUAAGCUUGAACUCGGUGGAUUAGUCACACAAGCAGACGGGUAUCAAAGUAUAGUAACUGCAAUAGCACGAGAUCUUUGUAACAAAGGAAAAUAUCGAUUGUUCCGAACAAAGGAACUUCAAACACUAAGUGCCAUGAAGCAAAUGCUUGAAGAAAAGUCCAAGUACUACCAGGAGCAAGUUCAGUAUUACAGUGAAUACAUACAACGAUGCCUUGAAAAUCUGCACACAGGAAAGGGAUCCCUUCAUGCUGUGAAGACGAUGCAAAAGAAUCAUCAUGGAAAGUUGAAAUCCAAAAUGACUUUAAAAUAUUCUGCAGCAAAAUUGCAAGAGAAGGGCGUGCUGUUAGAAAUUGAUGGACUUCCACACUCUCAAUUUAAAAAUGUCAUUUUCGAAAUAAGUCCCACGGACCACAAUGGUAUAUUCACUGUACGCGGAAAGUUCAUGGGCGUAGAAAUGGAAAAGCUGGAUGUGGACAUUCAAAGAUUGCUAGAGCUGCAAUUCGAAGGUGCACCGAUAAUGGAUAUGUUUGGGAAAGCAAAGAUCAACGUCAAUUUAUUAUUAUAUUUGUUGAAUCGAAAGUUUUAUGGUAAAACGUGAGACUGUGAAUUUAAAAAUUUGGAAAUUUCAGAAGAU